AUGGUCAACUCCUGCUGUGGAUCCGUCUGCUCUGAUCUGAGCUGCGGAAGAGGCUGCUGCCAAGAGACCUGUUGUCAGCCUAGUUGCUGUUGCAGCCCUUGCUGCCCACCAACCUGUUGCCAGACCACUUGUUGCAGAACCACCUGCUGCCGCCCAACAUGCUGUGUGACCAGCUGCUGCCGCCCGACCUGCUGUAGACCAACUUGCUGCCAGUCGGUCUGCUGCCAGCCCACUUGCUGCCGCCCAGUCUGUUGUGUGUCUACCUGCUGCAGGCCCUGCUGCCCCCGACCUUGCUGUGUGUCCAGCUGCUGCAGGCCCUGCUGCUCCCGACCUUGCUGUGUGUCCAGCUGCUGCAGGCCCUGCUGCCCCAGGCCUUGCUGCCCCCGACCCUGCUGUGUGACUAGCUGCUGCCAACCCUGCUGUCGCCCAGUCUGUUGUGUGCCCAGCUGCUGCCAGCCUUGCUGCCGCCCAACAUGCUGCCAAACCACUUGCUGCCGGACAACUUGCUGCCGUCCGACCUGCUGUGUGCCCAGCUGCUGCCAGCCUUGCUGCCGCCCGGCUUGCUGCCAAACCACUUGCUGCAGAACCACCUGCUGCCGCCCUACUUGCUGUACAUCAUCUUGCUGCUGA